ACCUCGAACCGACAGUGUCGCGAGUCGUGGUUUAUCGUGGGAAAUCGGUUCAUCUCGUUCAUUUUCGUUUUCUUUCGUUUACUACUACUACUAUCCCUUUUAUUCUUGUUCCCGUUCAGCUGAUUAUUCGACUGGUGUUGAACGAUGUCGAAGUGGCGCGAUUUAAAUCGCGGUCGAAUUCGCGCCGCGAUCGGCAGUGUCGUAGUUUGAAGAUAAAAGCGGUAUCGCUGUGUCGUUAGUGUCGAAGAUCGAGAUCUCGAAAUUAUUGCGAUUCUCGCGAAGUAGUGUAGGCGCGUUUCUGUUACGCAGAACACGGACGAUUGGGAAUUUAAACAGGUGUGUGCCAGGGCAAGGCUACUUGAAUCAAACGUGUAAAACAUAAAGGUAGAUAUUUUGUGAAUAAACAAAGUAAUUUAGUUGUUUUUAUCCGGCCCGAAUAAUGAAAUAAUACGUAAAAGCUCUAACGCAAUAUCAUUGAAAGAAGGAAGAAACCACUUCUGAAGUCGAUGGGUCGUGUAGUUGUGUAUCGCAGUGUCUUGUUUCGCGGUCGUGAACUCAUCGCAACGUGCAGAAAUCAUCCGAAGUAAUCACCUCGUUUUAUACUCUGCAAAACCGUAACUAGCCCUCAAUACCUUAAACCGCUUAAACAAAGAAGGUGAAGCACUUGCCCUCGAAGAUGACCUCACAACGCACCCCACCUUGGCUUUGAUGCGGCGCAUCCUCGCAGAUGCACAGGCAAAAUUUCGCGUGAUGGUGGAGGAGAACGCAGCGACUGGCGCCCGGCUUGACGGGGAGCUGGAACGAGCCAGGGGCGAGUGUGCCACGCUUCGCGGAGAACUGAGGGACGUUCGUGGCGCUUUGCCGGUGGUGUUGAACAAUAACAACGGCGCUGGGAACAACAACGGGGUGGCUGGGAACACCGGCAACAACAACGGAACAACCAGCGCGGGUAAUAAUGGCGGUAGCCCUGGACAAGAGGGCGGCGAGCCGCAGCAACAGCCGCAAGAGGACGGGAAAAGGCUCAGCGCCGCGAGUAGCCCUGUCGAGAAGAGGAGCUCCGCCAGCGACAAGUCAGCUAGUCCUAUCGAUAAGAGAACCAGUCCUGUAGACAGGAAGGAGAGAACCAGUCCUAUCGAUCGACGAACCAGUCCUAUAGAAAAACGAAAUGGCUCGCCAAGUCGCAGUCCAAGCGAAAAAGCACGUCGACCGUACGCUCCAGCGUUGGAGAAAACGCGACUUGGUGGUUCUGGCGGAAGCGUGGACUCUCGUUCCGGAAGCGCCAGUCCGGACCGAGGAUCCAGCAACAGAACUUUCUUCCAUCGUGGCGCUAGUGAUCGAUCGAGCGCUGAGAGACUUCGAAUAUCGGCUAGCAACCGCGACUCCUUGCGAUCAUCGAAGGAGAUGAACGACCAGGAGAAAGAUAUAGACAAGGAUCUGGUGGACGGUGAUGUGAGGGCCGAAGAGGACAAUGAACCACCUGGACCAGCCCCAGGCAGCAGACCCUCGUCGCCAGCUAAUUCCCUGGGAAUUGGUGAUCCAUUGGUAGCAUCGAGGUUAUCAAACAUUCAUGGCGGUGGUGGUAGCACCGGUUCGGUGGAACUAGCCAGCACGAGGCGACUUCGACUGGAGAAUGAACGUCUGGUGGCUGAGGUAGCAAGAUUGAGAAGAUUGCUAUUCAGUGGAGCGGCACGCGGCGAAGUUGGCUCCGAGGAUGCGGCACUCGAGGAGGAAGCACGAUUUGUUGCUCUUGAAAUGGAACUGCAACACGCCAAAGAAGCUCUCCAGGCACUUAAAGCCGAUCGCAAGAGGCUCAAGGCCGAAAAGUUCGAUCUUCUUAAUCAAAUGAAGGCACUUUAUGGCACCCUCGAGGACAAGGAACGGGAAUUACGGGACUUUAUCAGGAACUACGAACAGCGGAUGCGAGAGAACGAAGCGACUUUAGGACGCCUUCAACAGCAAGGAGUCGGUAUGCCUUCGGAGGAACGCGAACGCGAAAGGGAAAGGGAACGUUGGAGCCUGCUAAGGGCUGCAAGGGACGAGGCCGAUCGAAGUCUCAGCCUUGCGGCUAGUUUGGCCGACAAAGAAGCCGCCCUUUCGCACGCACACGCGACUAUAAAAGAGCUACAGCGUCAAUUGGCGGAAAGAGGUGGCAGCGGUGGUAUCUGCUUGAGCGACCAGGAAUCCUUGGUCUCGUUCCCGAGAGGCAGCGUGAAUGGAGCCGCGACACCGGGCGCCGGAAGUAGCAGCGGUGGCGGUGGUUGUGGUAUCAUCCCUCAUAUGAAUUCUCAACCGCCAUUAGGCAGCACAGAGCUAGGAGUGACCGUUGGGAACGUCGGCAAUGCGGCAGGUGCUGGCUCUUCCGGUGGACAGGCGGGCGAUCGCGGAAGUUGCAGCGCGGACAGCGGUGUUCGAGGAUCUAGCGACAGGGAAAGCGGUGGCGCAACCAGCGUGGGCGGAAAUCUUUCAGAUUCUACUACAGACGGCACGCCGACAAUUACGGUCGAGGGAAGCGGUCUCGACAUGGACAGCAUCUCCGUGGUUUCCUCCAUUGCACCAUCCCACAUGUACCAGUCAGCGACCACGCCGAAAGAUUGCAGCCCGACAUUGUCGCCUCUGAACGCGUUCUCUAGGUCCAUGGACAAUUCCUCGUUAUCGCGAUCGGUCGAACAGUUGUCGAGUCCGUUAGAAUCAGAACCAAGAAGAAACAAGCAAAGCACACCUGUCGCGGCACCUGCCGCGCAUUCACGCUCCUCUGCGACUCGCGGGGGCACUUGGGGUUCUAUUUCUAGAGUGUUUGCCCGUACACGACAUCGAAAGGCAGCGAACAACUCGAGCGGUGGAAGCGGAAGUAACGAGGGUUCCGACAGUUUCGAUCCUUAUAGAUCAUGGUCGCCUCUCACGGAGGAAGGCUAUGCUGAAAAGCUACGUUUACUCAGAGAAGCCGCAUCCGUACCUAUGGAGAGAUGGAGGGCACCUACAGUUUUAGCGUGGUUGGAAGUUGCUCUUGGUAUGCCACAAUAUGGUCCACGAUGCGCUGAAAACGUUAAAUCGGGAAAGGUUUUACUGGAACUAAGUGACGCAGAAUUGGAAGCAGGGUUAGGAGUGACCCAUCCUCUUCAUAGAAAGAAGCUCCGUUUAGCUAUCGAAGAGCAUCGACACCCGAGUCUCGUUCGAUAUCCGUGUAUUGCUCAAUUAGGUCACACGUGGGUCAGUUCAGAAUGGUUGCCUGACCUUGGACUCGCUCAGUAUUCUGAAAGUUUCGCAACUAACAUGGUGGACGCACGGAUGCUCGAUCAUCUGAGCAAAAAGGAACUCGAGAAGCUGCUUGGAGUGACCAGGAAGUUUCAUCAGGCCAGCAUCGUGCACGGAAUUCAUCUACUCCGAAUGUUGAACUACGAUCGUCAGGCACUCGCAGUUAGAAGACAUCAAUGCGAACAAAUGGACACAGAUCCUUUAGUUUGGACAAACCAGAGGUUCAUUCGGUGGGCGAGGAAUAUCGAUCUGACUGAAUAUGCUGAGAAUUUAAAAGAUUCAGGUGUGCAUGGCGCUCUGGUCGUGCUAGAACCAUCCUUCACCGGCGACACCAUGGCUACAGCUUUGGGUAUACCACCAGCUAAACAGAUGAUCAGACGACACCUCACCGCCGAGCUCGAAGCCCUCGUCGUUCCAGCAAGAAGUCAGCUGGAGGUGGUCCCGAGGAACAGCACCAGCGGGGGUCGUCCGAUGAGCACAGUGAGCGCGGGCGGUAGCCUCGGUCGUGGAAGCAGGGCGCUACAUCUUCAGCAUCAUCAGAGCUCCCUGUCCGCCCUGCACAUGACGACCAAUCACUCGGGCACGGUCGAUAGACGCAGAUCCAGCCUCAGGACCUGCAGUCUUCUUUACUUGAAAAAGUUGUCGUGGAAGAGCUCACAGGGAUCGUUAAGCAGAGCCUUUGGAUUUCGACCCAGAAGCGAGAAGGCCUCUCCAUCUUCUUCGUCGGAUACCGGAAGCCUGGCUAGUCAGUAUAUGAGCAGCGCUCGCAGCAAUUCUCCUCCACCCCCGCAACUGCCACCUAGACCAAUCACAGGCAACAAAAGACAUCGCCGAGUGAAGAGUAUAGGUGACAUCGACUAUAUAACAAGCGCAGCAUAUGGCUCGUAUUCCGGCUACAGCAACGUUCUGCACGGCGAUCAGUACCAGUACCAACAGACUAGUAAUUAUUAUCAACUGAAGGGCGGUUAUUACUCACCACAGAGCACCGGGCCGCCAUUUCCAGGGGUUCAGAGAUACGGAAGCUUAGCGGAGGAGGCCUGGUCGUGCACCACGAAAGACGACUCUGGCAAUCCCAAAACGAACCCCAGGACUUACCUAGCUUAGCUGGUCUCGAAAAUAUCCACGGUGAUAUCACGGUGACGAUUCGUGACGAAUCGAAUCACCUCGUUUGGUUAUGGCUAUUUUAAUUAGGCUUGUUAACCAAAGUGUCGCCAAAGGGGACAGAGCUGUGAUUUAACGUGGAAGAGCUGGGCUUGCCGGAGUUCGAUUAAUAAUUAUUAACCCUUUCACUGGUGAAUUGGCGCUUUGCAGUAGAGAUAAGUAAUUAUGGUUUGGGUCGGAUUUGAAGUAUCCUCUGGGAGGAAUGCUUGAAAUGAUGUAUCUCGGAGAGUUUUUUGGAACGCGGAAUUGUUGUGAAGUUACAGAAUUGUUUAUUUAUGGAAUUUGAUAUUGGUAGGGUAAUUUAUUUAAUUAAUUUAUUUACCUUAUGAACUAUUUCAUGGGUAUAUGAUAUAUAUUAUUGUCCGUAAAUUCCCUCUACCAUUUAAUUACUGUUACUGCACGUAACUUAAUAACAUAUUAAAACCUUAUCAAGCAUUCCGUUUAUCUAAAAUAUUUAUCCGGGUCAUCUAUACUCAGCUAUACUGCACAACUAUGUAAGAAGAUAAUAUCUGUUGAAUAGCCAGUUUAUAGCAAACUGACAUAAACUUUUAAAGCUCGCUACGUUUAUUACAUUUUGUCUAAAGACAUUAAAUUUAUUAUUCAUCUUUCUAGUACGCUAUUACACUUUAGUACGAUCUUCCACUAAAUGAAGAUAUAAAAUGAUCACUAUUAUUGAAAGAUAUGAAAAUAGGAAGAUACGAAGAAGCUUGUUUUUAUACUUCUUUCUAUAAUUGGGCAGUACUUAUGAAAUGGCAUGCAGCUGUUAUAACCAGUUAGUAUAAUCAAAAUUAACAAAAACAAGAGUGAAAGGGUUAAAGAAUUUCAGUGGUAUCGAAGAUUAUAUGGUCGAAAUAAUACUAUAGCGAUCGACAAACUUGGAUGAGAGAACCUGAUGUGCCUAUAUGGGGACAUAAGAAUGAAAAGCACCUAUUUCAGCGUUCGCAAGUGUGAUAUAAUCGGAAAGAAGCUUGAUCUAUCGUACGAAAGAGACUCUAACAACAAGUCCUGAACUUAGUCUGGUCGUAUUAGUAUUAAAACCCUCGAGGGAUUUGAAAGAUUACCACAACGAUUGAUCAGUUUUAAUCCCACGAAGACGAGCCAUUCUGUACAGUAAUCGAAUGCAUCUCCGAAGUGCAACAAUGCAGCAGUCGGAUACAUCCAGGACCAGUUUUAUAGCGCGUAACCUGUUAACCGGGAAAGACGAGUUAACUCGUCCUUCUAUUUCAUUUUCAAUUUGCCAUGAAUUUAGCAAUUUAUUUAUUCGAAGAUUUCUAUUCUAUUUCUAAGAUUUCUAUUUCUAAUCUAACGUUGCAUUUUUAUAUCAUAAUUAAAAUUAAUACGAAUCCUUCUUCUUUUUUUAAUUCUGUGCCAAAAAAAGCUUCUGGUUAAGGAACUACCCAGUUAACAGGUUAAUGGACAUUAUGGAUAUAAUAAUAAUAAGUCAUCGGUGCAAUUUGCAUCAGUAGUAUGAGCAGCAGAAGGAAAUGAUAAUAAAAUUUAUGAAAAUAAUUUACGAAUCACUGUGCAAUUUUAAUUUUUUACAGAUCGAGCCUGGGCAUACUUGUAGAUAUUUUAAUAAAAAAGAAAAUGGUACUUGCUCCAAGAUACUUGGUACGUUAAUUUUGAAUACCAUAUUUUAUUUUCAUCAACCGUGUAAUUAUGCGUGGGCAUGGGAUGUGUUAAAUUGUAUUAUCCGUAAAUUAAACCACGACUAAUACUAACGCGAUUGAAUUAAAUUUGCUGAGCAUACUACUGAACCGAAGCAAAUCGUUCCAAGUUAACGAAAGAAAACGACGAACAGUAUUUAAAUAUGGGCGUUUAAAGUUACCUAGAUGGAAACUUGUAGCGAUUAUCCGUGCAGUGGAUAAUUAAUCGUUCGAAUGUACAGACUAGAAAUCGUCAUAAUUAGACUGCGAAUGUUUAUGCAAAUUAAUAUUUUUUUUUU